UCAUCGGAUCCCCCUUUUUAUUAUUCCAUUGGGUUAGAAUUAGGGUUUCUUCCUCAACUCAUCUCUUCCGAAAACUUGCAAUUCUCUCUCAUCAAUUCGCUUUCUCUCUCUUGUUUCUUUAAUUCAUCUUCGUAAUUCCUUGGAGCUCUGUUAGCAAUGGAGAUGGAACGAGUGACUGAGUUUCCUUUGACUCACUUGGAUCGUCGACCCAGAAAACGACCUCGUUUGUGUUGGGAUGUUGCCCCAGAAACUCCUAUGGCCCAGAUAGGUAUUUUUUGUGGGCAAGACAUUGGGAAUGUUACAAGCUAUGCACCUACAGCUGCUCCCUCAGAACAUGUUGCUUCUAGUUCUCUGUAUGUCAAGGGAGUUGCACGAAAUGGUUCCCCCCCAUGGAGGGAUGACAACAAAGAUGGUCAUUACGUGUUUGAGCUUGGAGAAAAUAUUACUUCUCGCUAUAAGAUCCAUAGCAAAAUGGGUGAAGGUACCUUUGGCCAGGUAUUGGAGUGCUGGGAUCGUGAGUGUAAAGAAAUGGUUGCCAUAAAAAUUGUGCGUGGAAUCAAGAAGUAUAGGGAGGCAGCAAUGAUUGAGAUUGACAUGUUGCAACAGCUUGGUAAACAUGAUAAAGGGGGCAACCGUUGUGUGCAAUUACGGAACUGGUUUGACUAUCGUAACCAUAUCUGUAUUGUUUUUGAGAAGCUUGGACCAAGCUUAUACGAUUUCCUUCGCAAAAACAGUUACCGCUCAUUUCCUAUUGAUCUUGUCCGUGAGAUUGGAAGACAACUAUUGGAUUGUGUAGCAUUUAUGCAUGACCAUCAUCUUAUUCACACUGAUUUGAAGCCUGAGAAUGUGCUAUUAGUCACACCAGAUUAUUAUAAGGUUCCUGAUUACAAGGGGUCUUCUCGAUCACCCUGGGAUAGCUCAUAUUACAAGAAAGUGCCCAAGUCAAGUUCCAUUAAAGUAAUCGACUUUGGUAGUACUACAUAUGAGCGUGCAGACCAGAACUAUAUCGUCUCGACACGUCAUUAUCGUGCUCCUGAAGUUAUUCUAGGUCUUGGUUGGAGUUACCCGUGUGAUGUUUGGAGUGUUGGCUGUAUCCUGGUGGAACUGUGCUCUGGAGAAGCCUUGUUUCAGACACAUGAAAAUUUGGAACACCUAGCAAUGAUGGAGAGAGUGCUUGGUCCAUUGCCACAGCAUAUGCUGAAGAGAGUAGAUCGACAUGCAGAUAAGUAUGUUAGAAGAGGUAGAUUAGACUGGCCAGAAGGUGCAACUUCUCGCGAUAGUAUUAGAGCGGUGACUAAGCUCCCCCGUCUCCCGAAUCUGGUAAUGCAGCAUGUGGAUCAUUCAGGCGGUGUUCUUAUACAUCUUCUGCAAGGUCUUCUUAGAUAUGAUCCAUUGGAGCGGCUCACAGCUCGUGAAGCUCUCCGACAUCCAUUCUUUACUCAAGAUCAUCUAAGAAGGUGAUUAUUUUUUGUUUGAUUAUGCGAAAAGGAGGGUACUGUACAGGCAAGACCGGGAAAGCAGAUUGAUCAUAGUGAAAAUCAAACUCGACUAAAACCAAGACUCAAGAAGUUGAUCCUUGCUGAUCCAAAUGGAUUACUUGUUCUUGUGUUGACAUAUUCCCCGAAAUGUUUAAUGAGAAUUUCAUUUUUAAGGGAGCAGAGUAUCAAACUUCAGUGUACAGAUCUUUUAAGAUGUAGAGAAAAAAAUUUAUUGACGGAUGCUGUCCGACGUUGUAUUCUACUUUUUGUUUCACAUUUUUUAGUUUAUAUCUUAACGUUCUCAGACUCGAGUCGAAAGUAGUGGUGGUUACUGGUUAGGUUCUGUAAUUGAUGAUUUAGACUAAUACAAGUCGAACUUGCACACA